UUUCCGGUCUGACCGGUAUCGCUGGUAGCUGCCGCUGCCUGUCAACACCACAAGACGUGUCCGUGUCUUCGGGACGUUUCGCUUUUAACAGAUCCCCCCCCCCCUCUUUGUUUUACUGUGAUAGUGCUCGGUCCGUGCUCCGCCAUGCCCAUGUACCAGGUAAAGCCCGUCUGCGGUGGUGACAUAAAGAUUGAUUUGCCGUCCUGCAUGUACAAGUUACCAAAUGUCCACGCGCAGCAGGGGAACAGCUGCACCUCCGAGCACGCGCUUCAGAAUGGCGAGGUUGACCCGGCGGUCAAAGCUCUGGAGGCCCGGCAGGAUGAGAUCAUGAGAAAACUGUACGAGCUGAAGGCGGCUGUGGAGGGCCUGGCCAAGACGGUGACCACGCCAGACGCCGACCUGGACCUGACGGUCAUCAGCAGCCUCUCCUCCCCGACCUUCAGCUCCACAACCCUCAAAGGCACCACAGACCUGGACACACUACUGGGCAAGGACCACGGCGCUCUCCGUGACAUUGUCAUAAACGCCAACCCAGCACAGCCACCUCUGACCCUGCUGGUGCUCCACAGCCUGCUGUGUCAGCGCUACCGGGUGCUCUCAACUGUCCACGUCCACUCGUCAGUUGCCAGUGUCCCACCGCAGCUCCUGUCCUGUCUCGGUCCGCGGCACGCAGACAGCUAUGCCCGCCAGCUGUUCCAGCUGGGCUUCACACUCAUAUGGAAAGACGUGCCCAAACUGCAGAUGAAGUUCAGCAUUCAGAACAUGUGUCCGAUCGAGGGUGAGGCCAACGUGGCACGCUUCCUCUUCAAGCUGCUGGCUCCCUACCCCGGCGACGCCGCUCUCGCCACUUCAGUGGACAGCUGGGUGGACACGGCGUUCUUCCAGCUGGUAGAGGGCAGUGCCAAGGAGCAGGCUGCUGUCCUGCGGGCCCUCAACUCCGCCCUGGGCCGCAGCCCCUGGCUGGUGGGGCCGGAGUUCUCCCUGGCCGAUGUGGCCUGCUACUGCUGCCUGCUGCGAAGUGGCUCUGCCUCGGUGGCUCCCGCUAAUGUCCAGCGCUGGCUCAAGUCCUGCGAGAACGUGGGCCACUUUGGCCCCGCCAAGGCACUUCUGCAGUGACCGGGACUGUCCCAGAACCUGUGUCUUACACAAGCAAAGUGAGGGAAAGGCAUUAGAGAAUUAAAAUAUCCCAGCCAUGUCUGGAAGGCUUUCUAAUGCUUCCCUCCUUACUGUAUUAGAUCACCGAACUGACAAAGACUAAGGUAGAAGCAAGAUGGUUGGCGGUUAAAGUAACUUCAGACUAUUUGUCUCUGCCAUGCUGCUUUAUUGUUAAGAGAUUCUGGGCUAUUUUUUUGCAAGGGAGGAAGCAUGAGAGGACUGUAAAGACAAGGGCUUGGUGACAGAUUAAAUCAAAAGGUACUAACAGAUAUUGUUGGCCGAACACACACACCUUCCACCCACUUUGUGCCUAACAUGAUCCUGUUCUAAAUCUGUGUGUUAAUGUGCGGUGGCGGGUAUUACUGGGUGUUUUCAAAAGUAAUACUUUGUACCAUUUGUUUUCCUGAAGCCAUUAAAACUUGUACUUUGGAUCAAACUUUGAA